UCUGUUGAACCUUUAUGGACCAAGAGACAAACGCUAAGCGAAUAUAGAGGAUAAACGAAAGAGGCGCGGUGGACCGGUACUUCUACAACCUGAAAAACCUUUGAAUAGCACACCGCUAGAAAAAAUCAGUAGACAAAGGAGAGAUUUCACCUUUAAAUCAUUCAAAAUACUUACAACUUUUAUUCAAAGAAAGAGAUUUCAGCGCCAUGACAUUUUUUGUAAUUCCUCGAGUGCCUUUUCUCUGUCUCAUGUUUCUGAACGUCUCAUCAGCUUCAAAGGUGAACAGCUCAAACAGUGUCAGGGCGCGAGGCAUGCCUCUGAUUAACGGUACACUUCCAGACGAGUAUAAGGAGCAGAUCCAGAGCUACAGCUUUACAAUAGUGGUUCCUCUUGUCUGCCUCGUUGCCUUUUUCAUCGGGCUUCCGUCAAACUUGUUGGCUCUCUGGGUGCUGCUCUUCCGAACCAAGAAACUCCCAUCCACCAUUUUACUGAUCAACCUUACCAUCUGCGAUCUUCUGCUACUGCUGGUGCUCCCCUUCCGUAUCGUCUACCACUUCCUGGGCAACAACUGGACAUUUGGAGAACCAUUCUGUCGUGUUGUGAUUGGGCUCCUCUAUGGAAACAUGUACGGCUCAGUGGUUUGUCUGGCACUGAUCGCCAUGGAUCGCUACAUAGCUCUCGUUCACCCUUUUGGUGCCAAGAUGCUUCGAAGUAACAAGAAUUCUGUCUGUAUGAGUGUUUUGGUUUGGGUAGUGGUUUUAGCUGCUGUUGUGCCCUUAUUAGCCUCACAACAGUCUUAUAAGAUAAUCGACUCUCCUCUAACAACCUGCCAUGAUGCACUACCUAUAGAACAGCAAGAAAAGUACUUCCUGCCGUACUUUGCUAUUCUCUUCUCCAUAUGCUUCCUGCUUCCACUGUUGGUUGUACUGUUCUGCUAUUCUGCAGUGUUACACACCCUUAUGGCUGAAGGGCAGCGUUUUGCACAUGCGAUUAGAGUGACUGUGCUGAUGUUAAUGGUUUUAGUGGUUUGCUUAUUGCCUAGUAACAUUCUCUUGCUUUUGCAUUACUCCAAAUCAGCUUUUGACCUUUAUGUUCCAUACCAGAUCGCUUUGUCUUUCAGCACCUUUAACAGCUGCUUCGAUCCUUUCAUCUUUUAUUAUGUGUCUAAAGAUUUCAGAAAGAAGUUAUGGGAGGCUCUCAGAUGUUCUGGGUAUGAUUCAGAGUCCUCCUCAGAAUCGAGGACAAAGAUAACCUUACUAUCAAAGAUGAGCAGGACUGAAGGAGCAGCCUGAUCAAGAGUUUAGCAUGACAGGUAUGCAAAUCAGAAGACAUUAGGUUAUGUAAGUCAAAAAUUCUAGGGCGUAUUGAAUGAUUACUAUAUGAUAACUGUCUGUCCACCCACCUGUCAGUCUGCCUAUCUGUGUGUAUAACUUAAAAUUAGUUUAAUUUGCACGGGAAAAACUGGCAUGAGGAGAUAUGAAUUCAUUUCCUCCUUAUUUCCUUUAGUGAUUAGUGAUACAUGAGACAAAUAGAUAUAUUUAAAAACAUUUAAAAAGGAAAGGCAACAUGCAACAGUAGUCAUGCUUUAAGGCUUUCUUGCAUGAAGCCCACUGCAUGUCGGCAUCUGAAAUAUGCAUGCAUUGAAUGUUGUUUGUAAAGAUACACAAGAUGACUCAGUGGCCUCCAUGGCCGGAAGUUGACUGCUAGAUUAAUAACGGUGGAAUACAAAUUGCCAUUUUCACACUGCCACAAACAGUCAUUUAUAUUAUAUUAU